AUGGAUCCAAACGAAAUGAGGUAUUUGGAGGAUGAUGAUACUCCGACGAUGAAAACAAUCAAGGGUGCGACUAUGGGUUUGGUUACCGGAACUAUAUGGGGGACUAUUGUUGCAACUUGGUAUGAUGUGCCUCGUGUUGAGAAACACGUUGCACUUCCCGGAUUGAUAAGGACACUCAAGAUGAUGGGUAACCAUGGCUUGACUUUUGCUGCGAUUGGUGGUGUUUACAUUGGUGUGGAGCAGCUUGUGCAGCAUUAUAGGAUGAAGAGAGAUUUUGUUAAUGGAGCUGUUGGUGGUUUCGUUUCUGGAGCUACCAUUCUAGGAUACAAAGGAAGAAACAUCAAAACAGCUAUUUCAGCUGGAGCAGCACUUGCUGUUACUUCUGCACUCAUUGAUUCUGGAGGUCAGACCACAAGAAUAGACACUGGCAAGGAGUAUUACCCCUACACUACCAAGAAAAGAUCCACUGUUGAGGGAUAA